GGGUGGGGGAGCCCGGGAAUUCCCUCCUCCUGAAGUAAGGACUUCAGGGCCGGCUGUGCCGUCGUCGCUGCCGCCGGGCGCCCGGGACGUGGAGGUGGAGGAGGGAGAGGGCCCGCGGGCCUCGCCGCCGCCCGCCGCCCCCUCCCCGCCACCCCGAGCCGCCGCCGCAGGGACUGAUGCGAGCGCGGCUGGAGCGCAGAUUUGAUAAUGGGCUGCAUUAAAAGUAAAGAGAACAAAAGUCCAACCAUUAAAUAUAGACCAGAAAACACUCCAGAACCUGUCAGUACAAGUGUCAGCAAUUAUGGAGCAGAACACACUGCAGUGGCACCAUCAUCUGCAGCAAAGGGAACAUCUGUUAAUUUUAACAGUCUUUCCAUGACACCAUUUGGAGGAUCCUCAGGAGUGACACCUUUUGGAGGAGCAUCUUCCUCAUUCUCAGUGGUGCCAAGUUCAUAUCCUGCUGGUUUAACAGGUGGUGUUACUAUUUUUGUGGCCUUAUAUGAUUAUGAAGCUAGAACUACAGAAGACCUUUCAUUUAAGAAGGGUGAAAGAUUUCAAAUAAUUAACAAUACGGAAGGAGACUGGUGGGAAGCAAGAUCAAUUGCUACAGGAAAGAAUGGCUAUAUCCCCAGCAAUUAUGUAGCCCCUGCAGACUCCAUUCAAGCAGAAGAAUGGUAUUUUGGCAAAAUGGGGAGAAAAGAUGCUGAAAGAUUACUGCUGAAUCCUGGGAAUCAACGAGGUAUUUUCUUAGUAAGAGAGAGUGAAACUACUAAAGGUGCUUAUUCCCUCUCUAUUCGUGAUUGGGAUGAGGUAAGGGGUGACAAUGUGAAACAUUACAAAAUUAGGAAACUUGACAACGGUGGAUACUAUAUCACAACUAGAGCACAAUUUGAUACUCUGCAGAAAUUGGUAAAACACUACACAGAACAUGCUGAUGGUUUAUGCCAUAAGUUAACAACUGUGUGUCCAACUGUGAAACCCCAGACUCAAGGUCUAGCAAAAGAUGCUUGGGAAAUCCCUCGAGAAUCUUUGCGACUAGAGGUUAAACUAGGACAAGGAUGUUUUGGUGAAGUAUGGAUGGGAACAUGGAAUGGAACCACAAAAGUAGCAAUCAAAACACUAAAACCAGGUACAAUGAUGCCAGAAGCUUUUCUUCAAGAGGCUCAGAUAAUGAAAAAAUUGAGACAUGAUAAACUUGUUCCACUAUAUGCUGUUGUUUCUGAAGAGCCAAUUUAUAUUGUCACUGAAUUUAUGUCAAAAGGGAGCUUAUUAGAUUUCCUGAAGGAGGGAGAUGGAAAGUAUUUGAAGCUCCCACAACUGGUUGAUAUGGCUGCUCAGAUUGCUGAUGGUAUGGCAUAUAUUGAAAGGAUGAACUAUAUUCACCGAGAUCUUCGGGCUGCUAAUAUUCUUGUAGGAGAAAAUCUUGUGUGCAAAAUAGCGGAUUUUGGUUUAGCGAGGUUAAUUGAAGACAAUGAAUAUACAGCAAGACAAGGUGCAAAAUUUCCAAUCAAAUGGACAGCUCCUGAGGCUGCACUAUAUGGUCGAUUUACAAUAAAAUCUGAUGUAUGGUCAUUUGGAAUUCUGCAGACAGAACUGGUAACAAAAGGCAGAGUGCCAUAUCCAGGUAUGGUCAACCGUGAGGUGCUGGAACAGGUAGAACGAGGAUAUAGGAUGCCUUGCCCCCAGGGCUGUCCAGAAUCCCUGCAUGAAUUGAUGAAUCUUUGUUGGAAGAAGGACCCUGAUGAAAGACCAACAUUUGAAUAUAUACAGUCCUUCCUGGAAGACUACUUCACUGCUACAGAGCCACAGUACCAGCCAGGAGAAAAUUUAUAAUCCAAGUAGCCUAUUUUAUAUGCACAAAUCGCCAAAAUGUAAAGAACUUGUAUAGACUUCCUCAUUUCUGUACAGGAAUCAAAAGAAGAAAAUCUUCACUCUGCAUGGUAAAUGGUAAACUGGAAUUCCAGAUAUGGUUGCACAAGACCACUUUUUUUUUCCCCCGAGUGUUAAACUCUAAAGUACCAAUGAUGAAUUUUCCAACUUAUUUCAGGGUCCAAAGAAAGUAUAGCUAAGAUAUGGAUGUCAGUGUGAGAGACAGCAUGACAAUGAAGAGCAGAAAGGCUACUAUUUAUAAAUCACUUCCUUUCUUUUAUUCCCCAAAUUCAGAACUAUUAAGAAAAAAUUAUCAUAGACAAAACUUGGGAGAUAAAAAGUUAUACCAUAAUAAAAUCUAAAAUCAAGGAACUUUAUGGGACCAAACAAUUCCAUUCCAGUUUUUAAGAAUUUCUUGCAUUCACUAUUCUCAAAGGUUUUUUCUAUGUUGAACAGUUAAUAUGCAAUCUUAAUAUAUGCCUCCUGUUGCAUGGAAAUGGGCCAGGUUUUUAGAAGCAAAAAGGAAAAUAAACACUAUCUAAAACUUAGUUAAAUGUUAGACAACAGCAGUGGAAUUUGAAAGUAUAAUGCACUGUGUUAAUACUCAAACUCAUGGAACUGGAAAGUAGAAAAGAAAUUUAUCACUUUAAUCAUUUUCUGAAUAGCUCAGUUUAGAAUAAUGAAGGUAACUAGAAAGUGAGUUAAUUUUUUAUAAGGUUGCAUUGAUUUUUUUCAAAAACGCAAUAUAUAAUUAAAAUUGUACUAUCCAAUCCAAGGGGAAAUCUUUUAAUCUUUAGACAGCAUGAAAAAAUAAGAUCCAGCAUUUAAACAGUCCUUUUUAAAAAUAUACUGGUACACUGUGAGAUAUUGCUAAUAUUUACGGUGAUGGGUGCCACAAAUAUAAAAUAUCACUAGAUCAGGGACUUGAAUGCACUUUUGCUUACUGAAUAUAGGCGGACAGAGAGGAAAAUGUAUUUAAAAGAAAUAUGAGAAAAGAAAAUGUGAAAGUUUUACAGAUAGAGGGAUGGAAUGUUAUGUUUAAUGUUUAUGUUAUGGAGUGACAAAAUGGCUUUGCUGGCACUCAAAGCUCCUCACUUAUCUGUUUUCUGAGAUUUUAAGAGUUAUAAGGUAUGACUAUAAAAUUAAUCUUUCUUAACAUAAACACUAAAUGAGUGUUAUAGCCUCAAAAUAGCUAAGUUAAGGCUUCCCACUAAUUCCAGUGAUAAAGCUUUUAUGCAAAACAUUUUUAGAACUCCAGUUUUCAAAUCUGUGUUUAAAUCUACGUUCACUUUUUAAAUAUACUUAAUGGUGAUCAUUUUUUCCCUUUUAGAAUUCAGCUGAUUUGAGGAGGAAAACUUAUUCAGAAUAAUAACAGUGGUGAAAAGUGGGGACAGUUUUUUGCCCAUUUUAAGGGCUGAAGUGAAACAUACAAAAUAAGACUGAUUUUUAUGACUAACUCAAAAAGAAAUUCCAAAAUAUGAAUUUGAAUAAUAGCAUUACUGGUUUAAUUGUCUAGCAAAAGUACUGACUCGUACAAAAUAAAAGUCUGGUAUUUAUGUUUUAAAUAUUCUCUUUAUUGUCACGCUUUAAGUAAAGCAAUACACCAGGUCCCCAUAUUUUAGAAUCAUAAUUUUUAACUACCAUCACUUACUUCAUUUAAUCAUUAAGUUUAAAAUUCUGUGCCAUGGUAUCUAUGUUGAAAUUCAAACCAUUUUAUAAUGUGACAGAUGAACUUCAUGCACGUUGGCAAUAGUUCUGGUACUAAAAAUUGCAGUGGUUUCUUAUGUUUACGUAACCUGCUUAGUAUUGAAUCCCUCUUCCGAGAGGAUCUUCCUGAGACAACUGCCAUCAUCAUUUACCCUUAACGUCUACAACCUGUGACAUCAAAUUUUUAAAGGGCUUCAGUGAACUAUGGUAUUAUAAUUUUUCUAAGCAUUUAAAAAAGAAUAACAAAAUUAUAUGUUCAUCUACUAAUUCUGUUCAAAAAAAUAAGCUGGGAAAAGUUGAUGGUAUGCAUUAAGUUUUAACUGAAUGGAGCAGUUCCUUAGUUGUAUAGUAAGGAAAUAAAACACUAACUUAAUGAGUAUUCAGAUUAAAUGGUUAUGUUUUUUAGAUUGCCAAGAAAAAUAAACAAUUUUGUACAUCUGAA